AUGGAGAGCCACUCUGUGGAAGGUAUUUAUGCUUCUUCAGAUGCGUCCUGCUUGGACAAAGAAAGACGUAGAGCUCUGGGACUUACACAUCAUCCCGACUCACAGUCCGGUUCCUUCGAUAGCUCUUCGAACCCGCGUACAUCCCAAGAACGACGAGCGAAACAAAGCGGACAUGGGCCGUCAUGUCUCCCAGCUGCCAAGUCUGGCCUUUACGAAGGCUUGAACAGAAUCUCUACGCUCCCGAAAGAUCGACUUAUCAAUAGCUCGACCCCUCUGAGAGAGAUUAUUGUGAACGGAGGUGGUGGUAUUUCUGCCAAAGGAAAAGCGUUUAAGGCGCUUGCGGGCUCUAGUAUUCAAUGCUUCGUUGGUGUUGCUAAUAUUGGCCAGUCUCGUCGGCGUUAUGGCUAUGAUGGCACUUGCGAUGAGGACGAUGUGGACCAAUCUCUUGUACCCGAACAAAACGACGCAGCGCGGAGCCAUGCGCACGAGCUCAUAGCUCCAUUCGAGGAUGAGAAUGGCAUUGGUAUCGCCGGUGGCGUGAAGAAUCAGUCAGACGAUCCAUCUAAUUCUUCCGAUAUUGAUACCAAGUUGUCACGCCUCCAGAGGUAUGCUGGUUCAGACGAUAAGCAUAUUGGUUUGAAUGGAUCGGAAGUACCGUGGGAAAACAACGAGAACCUUAGCCAAGGAAACCACGAGCCUUCCGUGUCAAAUGGUCGUCUUGAAUUUCCAAGAGCGGGCGAACAGUCCAUUGUUCUGGACAACGAAGCCCGUUCAGAGCAACUCGCACAGUCCUCUCAAUCUGGUGUGAAAAGUUCGGAAAGCGAGGACGAGAUUCUUGAAUUUGGAAAUGAUGGACUUGUAUUUGGUAUGAGCGAAGAAUUGGCGUUGGACGAAGACGGGUUGUCAGCCCUACAGUACCUAUCGCAAUUUGCAGAUUACGAAGACACAGAGUCUGCAAUGGACAUUAUGAGGCCGCAGAUGAGCGAGGUUUCUCUAGGAAACACCGAACCCGUACAGGUUGCCCUGCCAAACGACGAGUUGGCUCAUUCACUGGAACACCGCAGUCCCUCUCCUUCAAAUCCUCCCUUAACCGAAGCCGAAAAUUUGGAGGAAUACGACACUGAGUCGGAUUCUGAUUGUGACUCGAUCUCAGACGUCUCGAAUUCAUUUGAACAUUCUCAACUCCAGGACAGGAGUACUGGACCUGUUAUUGGCGCUUCAUUUACCCCUUCUCCGACAGAUGUCACAUCCCUCCCUUUGACUCCAGCCCUUCGUGAUACUUUCAGAUCUAUUCUGUACUGCCUCCAGAUUCGGAGCGCUGAACAUCCGUACUUAGCAGAAGAGGUGCUGCGGUUUAUCGAGAUGGCAGGACCUUCACUCGCAGCUGUGGCUACUCAAUUCGGAAGACUCUCACACUCCGUCCACAUGACUGAUGAAGGGCGUGAGUUUAGGGUUUACACGCCAGAUAGUUAUGGCACUACACGUUUCCACGACGCAAGUGGAAGUGUGCAACUUCCUGGCUCUUUUGAUUUCCCUGCCUCUUUUGAUAUCCCUGGCCCCGUUAUCGAAGCUCCUAUCUCCGAAGUCGAAGCCCUUAGAGAGGAGAAUUGCAGCCUCAGUGAGCAAUUGGAAGCCAGUAGAGAAAAGAUGAAGGAGUUGAAGAAGGCUAAGGACGAAGCCCAGCUGGCGCUGGUCAACUGGUCGGUCCCUCGGAUCAGCCAAGGUGGCAAGACGAGUUUAACCAUGCUACUGGAAGAAGUCGAUGGUUUGAGAGCCGAAUUGGAGGCAAAAACCAGAGAGGUCGCAAGUUUGAGGCAGGAAACCAGCACUCCAGACGGACUCAACCAACAGGGCGCAGAUUCCCAAUCGUCCAGCCAGGUUGACCCUGCCUUGCUGGCGUCGCCCCCGACCACCUCAACCGGAGAAGCAUCGAGAUCUGCGCUUACCUCUUUGUCUUUGAGACAGGCAGGCAGUGGAACUGCAAACUCUUCUGAUCUUGGCGGCUUGAAUGGCCAAAUGGCGCCUCAGGUUUCAGAAUUGGCCGUUGAUCCUCACAGCUCCAUGAAUCCGGCGCCUAUAAAUGAAGAGCUAGUCGAGAAGUCUCCGCUUGAAAAUAAUCUUGCGGCAACGGAGCCCGGCCUCAACGUCGAUGACCGUCUUUCCAACAAUAGUACACUUCAGGCGUCGGGUUCUACUGUCGAGACCAUUGACCUGACCGAGUCUGCCCCUGCUCCUGAGCCCGUUGCACCCUCACCGCCAGCUUCAAAUCCUCAAAAACGUACUUAUGAUUGGCUAGACCGCAACCACAUGACGAAGAGCGCCAAAUAUGACCACCAGUUGGGUAAAGCCUACUCAGCCGCGCCAGUCGUACUUAGACGGAGACAGGCACAAGAGUCUAUCCGGCAACAGGCGAGGGAGGCGGCGGCGGCAGCGGCGGCAGCGUCGAGUCCUGGUGUACGGGACCUCGACCAGGAGCCCGAACAGGGCGAAGCUCAUGAAGACCCUGAAGCUACAGUUGAUGCUAUGGAGCUGUCUGAGCCUCAGCCCGAGAAUGACGAGGGGCAGCCUCACUUGGACGAAGAAGGAGAUGUAGACGAUUCGGACCAGCUUUUGAGCGAGGAGCUUGAGAAGGCGCUCUUUGGAACUCCCUGA